CACAGUAUCGCGCGCUUUUCCAAUGUGACUCGGCGGUGCUAACACGCGCUCGGAAAAACGCUUUUAAUCUCUGCUCAAAGCUACGCGUAAAUUUCGCGUAUGUACAAAGUUUAUUUUAGACGGGGUUUGUGGAAAAUCAAUUAAGGAAAUUAUGGAAGAAUGUUUUAGAGAUAUAUUUUUUAUAAGAACAUCACCAAGCCAUUCACCACACCUUUAAAAAUGCCGUAAACAACUCACCAUCAAGAAAACAAACAAUGACCGACUUGCACCUGCUCGCGGAGGACCCGAACGAAACCUCCUCCAUGGAGUACCCGACCAACACCUCCAUCUACACCAUACCCAUGGACCAAUCGUGGCCCGCUUACGCCUGGACCUUCUGCUUUCUGAUCGCCCUCAAAACAACGGUGAUGGCCUUGAUAAUCAUAGCCGCCUUGUUCGGGAACCUGCUCGUGAUCGUGUCGGUGAUGCGGCACAGGAAGUUAAGAGUGAUUACGAAUUAUUUUGUGGUCAGCUUGGCCAUGGCGGACAUGCUGGUCGCCAUUUGGGCAAUGUGUUUUAAUUUUAGUGUGGAGCUUACAGGGGGGAUUUGGAUUUUCGGCUAUUUUAUGUGCGAUGUUUGGAACUCGUUGGAUGUGUAUUUCUCGACUGCGUCCAUUUUGCAUCUUUGCUGUAUCAGUGUUGAUAGGUACUACGCAAUCGUCCAACCACUAGACUACCCCCUUAUAAUGACAAACCACCGCCUCAUCAUGAUGCUAGCAGUUGUUUGGUGUAGCCCAGCUCUUCUCUCGUUCCUCCCCAUAUUCGUGGGUUGGUACACUACACCGGAACACCUGGAAUUCCGCAAAAAGUACCCGCAAGUCUGCACGUUCACAGUGAACAGGACUUACUCGGUUAUAUCGUCCAGUGUGAGUUUUUGGGUGCCUGGAAUGGUGAUGAUCCUGAUGUACUACAGGAUAUAUGUUGAGGCUGAUAGGCAGGAAAGAAUGUUAUACAGGAGCAAAGUGGCCGCAGCUUUAUUGAAUAAGCAUCUGCAGAUCAACGGGAUAUCUGCCGGUAUAACUUCGUUAAGACAGUCGGUGGAUGGGAGUCUUGAGAGUGAGAAAGAGCAGCAACAGCAGGACCAGGGCACUAGCAGCAAAAUGAAGAGGGAGAGAAAGGCUGCACGAACGUUGGGAAUCAUUGUGUCAGCUUUUUUGGCCUGCUGGUUACCGUUUUUUCUGUGGUGA